CAUCCGGCUUGACUUCCGGCCAGCCACAGUGGCAAAUGACAUCACCUGAGCGAGGCGCGUGAGCGUUGUUUCCCUCCGCCCAUUGCUCUGUAAACAUAUAGACAUGCUCGCCGGUCGCUGGCUCCGACUGUGCAGACGUGCAGUGCACAGCGGCAGCGUUCGAGGAGGAAGAUGGGGGACGACAUUGGCGGGACACAGCAGUCGGAAGUGUGCUAUCAUCACGGUGGUGCCACACGGGGGCGCAGUAGCGUCAUCGCGCCUCUGUCACAGUGGCCUGGGCGACUUGUAUGAGGAUGAGAGAGUUCAGAGGCACCUGCAGCAGCUCACGGAGGAGCACAGAGACCUCAUCGUGAAGUUACAGCAGGCCUACCUGAGCGAAUCGGACAGGAAGGUGCUCACGAGGAGACACACAGAGCUGCUGCCUCUGGCGAACAUAUGUGGCGGUAUUGAACAAGCGCUGAAAGACCACGAGGAAGUCGUUUCACUGCUGCAUGGUUCCGCCGGUGCCAAAGGUGAAGACGAACAACUGACCCAGCUGUUGAACGAGGAGGAGGCGCAAAUCUCUGCCAAGAUUUUGGCCUUAAGAGAAGAUUUGAUUAAAGCCCUCGUGCCUGCUGACCCCCUCAACUCCAGUAAUGUCCUGCUCGAGGUUGUAUCAGGACGAACAACAGGAGGUGACAUCUGUCAGCAAUUCACCAAGGAAAUGUUUGACAUGUACCAGGGGUUCGCCUGUUACAAGAACUGGGACUUUGAGGUUUAUAACUACACACCUGCUGAGUAUGGUGGCUUGCACCACGCGGCAGUGAGAAUAGCCGGGGACAAUGUGUACAGACAUAUGAAGCACGAAGGAGGAACACACAGGGUGCAGAGGAUCCCUGAAAUGGGCCUCUCGUCCAGGAUGCAGCGUAUCCACACCGGAACCAUGACUGUCAUCAUCCUGCCUCAGCCCGUGGAGUUUGAUGUCCACAUUGAUCCGAAGGAUCUUCGCAUCGACACAUUCAGAUCUCGAGGUGCAGGGGGCCAGAGUGUCAACACAACAGAUAGUGCAGUGCGCAUUGUUCAUCUCCCCACCGGUGUCACCGUUGAAUGUCAGCAGACUCGCUCUCAGCUGCAAAACAGAGACAACGCCAUUCGUGUACUGAGGGCCAGGCUCUACCAGAGCAUGCUGGGUAAAGAGACUAAGCAGAGGCAUAUGGCUCGAAAGCAGCAGGUGGGUACACGGUCUCAGUCAGACAGGAUUCGCACCUACAACUUCAGCCAGGAUCGUGUCACAGACCACAGGACUGGAUAUGUUACCAGAGAUAUUAAGGAGUUCAUGAGAGGAGGGGAGGCUCUCGAUGAUCUGAUCUCCGACGUAUUUGAACAAGCAGAGCGGGAUGCUCUUCUUGAGAUGGUUGAGAGAUGCAGCAGCAGCAGUUUGACACAACCAGAAUCUGCAGACUGACACAGUUGAGUAGUGGAUGAUUGUCUUCAACAAAUCCUACAGUACUGUGACUGCCAUGUGUAUUAGGUUAAUAUUCCAAUUAAUAUAGCCAUUCAUGCUUUUGCAAGAGUCUCAUUGCACAGAAUGCAACUAAAGAGGUUUCUUUUUGUAUUAAAAAGUUAAAUUAUG